CCUGCAGAUUUAAUUUCACAACAACAAUUACAAGACAAGCCCCCCUUAGCAUAGAGGCAUACCGAAAUAUUAAAAAAAAAAAGCUCCACUACUAGCUUAGCUAUUUGAGCAAAACGUAUGUGGGAAGAGAGAGGCAGGCCAGAGCUAGCUGAGGUACACAAUUCCACUCACUGGCCAACCGCUGGGGCGAGCGUUCUUCCCCUCUCCCCCUGGCUCAAGAAAUCUACCUGAAGUAGCAGGAGCUCCUCUUCUUCUUCCGGCCGCCCUUCUCCUCGUAUUUAGACAUCUGGAUCGAGCAAGAAUUGUUGGGAAGCAAAUUGGAGUCGUCCUUGCAUGGAUGCAGCCCACUGGCACCAGGGGCUAGGGCUGCUGAAGCCAAUGGAGGAGAUGCUGAUGGGGACGACGAACCAGCAGCAGGUCCAAGGGUCGAACCCGAAUCUAAUUCCACCGCCGCCGUCGUCUUCUCCGGCACCGGGGGCUGGCGGCGGUGCCAUGGGCUUGGUUGCAGGCGCGGUUGUUGCGGGGGUUGGCAGCAGUGAACGGAAGGCGCGGCCGCAGAAGGAGAAGGCGCUCAACUGCCCGCGGUGCAACUCCACAAACACCAAGUUCUGCUACUACAACAACUACAGCCUCCAGCAGCCGCGCUACUUCUGCAAGACUUGCCGCCGCUACUGGACCGAGGGCGGCUCCCUCCGCAACGUCCCCGUCGGCGGCGGCUCCCGCAAGAACAAGCGCUCCUCCUCUUCUUCCUCCGCCAACGCGGCCUCCGGAGUCUCCGCCUCGACAUCAAUCAUGGCGAGCUCGACGUCCAUGGCGUCCAAGAACCCGAAGCUGGCUCAUCAUCACGAGGGCGGCGGCGCGCAGCACGACCUGAACCUCUCGUUCCCGCACCACGGACUCCACGGCGGGAUGCAGCAGCAGGCAGCGGAUCAGUACAUGGCGUUCCCGAGCCUGGAGAGCAGCAGCAUAGGCGGCGCGAUGGCGAGCGGCAACAACGGCCGGCAUGGCCCCGGCGCGGGCCCGCUGUCGGCCAUGGAGCUGCUCCGGAGCACAGGGUGCUACAUGCCGUCGCUGCACGUGCCGAUGCAGAUGCCGCCGGCCGCGCCCGGGGAGUACGGCGCCGCGGCCGUGCAGGGGUUCUCGCUGGGCGAGUUCCGCGCGGCGCCCGGCCCGGCGCAGUCGCAGUCGUCGCAGAGCUUGCUCGGCUUCUCGCUGGACGCGCAUCACGGCGGUACCGUGGGGAUGCAAGGGAUGCCGCAGGACAGAGCGGGCAGGAUGCUGUUCCCGUUCGAGGACUUGAAGCCGACGGAUGCCAGCGGCGCAGGCUCUGGCGCCGGUGUGGAGAACGGCGGCCGACAUCAGUACGAGCAAGCUGGGAAGGAGCAAGGCGAUGGCGGCACGGGCAGCCACGCUGGGCACGACACGGCGCCGGGGUUCUGGAACGGCAUGAUCGGCGGUGGCACUUCCUGGUAAUAUAUAUGUGCAUGGCCGGCGGUGCAUGCACGGUGGCGCGCGUCCAAGCAUGCAUGCAUGCAUGGCUCAUGCAAUCUAAUUAAGCGACUGGAGAUAGGAGCUAGGCACAUAGGUCUAAUAUAAGAUCCAUGGUGGCCGGCAUUGGUGGUGAUCAUUGUUACUACAUGGUGUUUGAUCUCUCUUCCUCUCUGGUGUUUUUCUUCUCCUUCCUCCUUCCUCUUGCUGUGUGUUGUGUUUGGUGAUCCGUAGACUUGGGGGACUAGCUCUAACAACAAACACAUCAGAGUACACACAAUUAAUCUCUUGAUCUCUGUGCCAUGCCGCAUGCAUAUGCUAGCUAGCUGCGUCAGCGUAGUAGUACUGGAGCCUCCUUCGUGAAGCUUCUUUUUAGGCAGGCUUGGAGUUUGGCCCCGGUACAUACCUAGUACAUGGGUCAUGUGGCGUGGUUUAUUUGGUUUUGCAGGGCCAACUUUAGGAGACUUGUAGCAGUGGGGAGAGAGGACACUGAGCUACAGUUCGUUUGGUAACAACGACAAUGCAUGCAGUGGUUUCAGCUUUGUGUGUGUAGAUGCAGAUCUUAUAUAUGCGCGACUUCCAAGUAAUUUGUACCUAGCUUUACGUGAGGUGAUUAAUGGUCCAAGUUUGUAAUCUGUAACCAUAUUAUUUUAUCUAAAGAGUUACAAGCUUAGUACCAUCUUA